AAACAAGAUACUGUAAGUUUUGUUUUCCUGGUUGUGUUGGGCGGUUGUUGAGAUAUAUGAGCGGGAGUCUCCGUUAACCUGAUUUUGGCUGCAUAUCUACAGGCUGUACUCUACGGGUUUGCUGUUUCCGCUGAAGGUCACAAUUUAUGCUGAUUUGUUCCUUUUGGGUUGCCUGACAUGGCCGUGAAAACGCCAGCCAGGUUGCUAAUUCUUCUGAAACCCGAUGACAACAGGAAGCUAGUUCUGCCUAAUGGAAUUCCAGAGACAAUGGCGCAGCUUACUGUUGAGGUCAGGAAAAAGUGUGAAAUAAGUGGAGGUUUUAGAAUGCAAUAUCAAGACAGAGACUUUGAAAAUAAACUAGUCAACCUGGAAUCCACUGCUGACCUUGAAGAUUUGGCAACUAUCAAGGUCAUCCUAAUACCUGAUGAUGGCGUCCAAACCCUCCGUGAAGAAGCAGACAAUAAUAAAGAAUGUGACAUCACAGAUUCUGAUCACGAAGUUGACAAGGAGGAACAAAACACAACAGAUCCGGAAACAUCUGAAUCUUCUGUUAAAGUUCGUCCGUCCACCAGCAAAACAAAUGAUAAAGGAAAGAGGAAGUUGGAUCUCCAGGGUGAGUCCAGCCAGAGGCAAUCACCAGCCAGAAAACAACCACGUGAGGAUCUACAAGACUCAGAUAUAAGGAAAAGACUACGUCAGCCCAAGCUCAGCUUUGGUAAGGGAGAUACAGGACAGGCAGAGAGAAAGAGAGGAAGUGAUGGAAGUCAGAGAGGAACUGCAGAAGAAGUCAUACUGUCUGAUGUGAAACACAUCAUGAGACGUGUGGAUCAGAAACUACCAAAACAAGAUGACAAGCUCAACAAGUUCCUGAAAAAUAACAUCAAACAUUUGGAGACAGACAAGAGGGAGGUGGUCGGCGUCUUUGGUAAAACGGGGGCUGGAAAGAGCUCUCUGAUAAAUGCCGUCAUUGGAGAGCAGGAUCUCUUGCCCUCUGGAGACAUCAGUGCAUGUACCUCAGUGAUGACUAAAGUGGAGGCUAACAAGCGUAACUCAAAGUAUGAGGCAGAAAUUGAGUUCAUUACAAAAGAGGAUUGGAAAGAGGAGUUGUGGACCUUGUUUAAUUUCCUUGGUGAUAACGAAGAUCAGGAAAAAGACGAAGAUUAUCAAGACAGUGUUGAAACGCUGUCAAUGCUGUAUGGAGAAGAAUGGAGAAGCAAAUCUCCUGAAAACCUCUUGGAUAAAAAGUUCUUCAGAGAAAUUCCUGAAUUUCUCAGUUCCAAGAGUAAGAUUUUGACAAGCGAUACUGCUAAAGAAUUAUCUGCAGAAUUGGUCAAAUACACACGAAGUGAGUCAAAAGAGGAAGAUGCUAAAGACGUGAAGAGUUGGUAUUGGCCACUGGUGAAGUGUGUGACUGUCAGGGUGCCAAAGAAUGCUUUUCUCCAGCAUGUCACACUUGUGGAUCUUCCUGGAAACGGGGACCGUAACAAGAGCAGAGACACAAUGUGGAAAAAGGUUAUUGGAAGUUGUUCUACUGUGUGGAUUGUGGCUGAGAUAAAUCGAGCAGCUUCUGAAAAAGAAUCCUGGGAGAUCCUGGAAGAAUCCUGCAGCCUCAUGGGAAAUGGUGGAGAGUGUCGGCAGAUUCAUUUUAUCUGCACCAAGUCUGAUUAUAUUGGACGUUCAGGAAAUCAGUCAGCAGCUGAUGUUCGUGAUCGGAUACUAAAACGAAACAAGCAAGCCAAGAAACAAUUGAGGGCAGAAUUCAGCAAACUAAAUGAGGUUAAGAAACAACUCAGUGAGAAGUGUUUCGAGGUUUUCACAGUGAGCUCUGAUGAGUUUUUGGAAAAGAUACAUUUAGACCCAGUUGACACAGAAAUUCCCGAACUGCAGGAAAUCCUGCAAGAUCUCAAUGAAUGGCACUCUGAGACAUUUAACUACGUGUCCGGAGCUCGCGGGAUUCUCUCUCUGAUGCAGGGAGCCAGCAUCGGAGGAGAGACUGACAUAAAGACGACUGUGUGCAAAGAACUUGAAGAAAAGCUGAGUCAUGAACUUGAUAAAGUCAAGAAACCCAUGAAAGAGACCCUUACGGCUUUUGAAAGAUGCCUCAGUGAGGGGGUUGAAAAAUCAAAAGGUUCAUGUGAAAAAGUCUUAAAGUCGGUCCUUUAUCCUAAACUAAGUUACGGGUCAUUGAAGUGUGUAGUUGAGAAGGGUGGCAUCCACAAACCAAAAAAAAGGAAAUCAAUAAACAUCAAUAUGAAGUUCUCUUCAUGUUUGACCGACAGCAUUGACGAGGAAUUUAAGAAGACCUUCCCAAAUGAAAGAAACAGUGGACCAUUCAACGGGGUCAUCAAUGCGUUUUCACUUGGCACAGAGAAGAUGAUGAAUAAGGAUUGCGAAACUGUCAAACUGCAGCUGACAUUUCUCAAGACAGAGGAAGAAAAAAUGAAAACAAACCUCAACAAUCUCAUCCGUGAGCGAAAGAAAACGAUCUACAGCAGCCUGACAACAACAAUCGAGGAGACCAUGAAACCAUGCUAUGACAGAGCAAAAGAAAUUAAAGGAGUAGGCACGCUGAAAAACAUGAGGGAAACUAUUGAAAAGCACGUACAUGAUUCAAAGAACGUCAUGUUUGCUCUGGCUAAAGACGCCAUGAUGAAACAGAUGAGAGAAUUGAUGUCGGACAUCCUGGAGAAACUGGAGAGCACGAUGCAGGAAUCAAUCGAGCUGUCACUCAAAACAGAUGGUGUCUCCAUCCCAGAUGUAAGUGAGGAGCUUAAGAUGGUAAAGAAAUACUACAAUGAACUGACCAAAAGCCCAGAUGAUGAUGCAAUUCUUAGACUGGAGAAGAUGAGUGAUUUAAAAGAUGAGGAAGAGGAGACAUCUUCAGUCUCCAGCUGUCUGAGUGACCGAUCUAAAGACUGGUCUGGAGACUUCAGAAAUGAACCUGGACCCUCAGACACAAAUGAUUCACCCGGUCAAGCAGCUGCACUGCGCCCAUGAUGUGCACAGGGUUGAUCCGUGGAGAGUAACAGCAGACGCCUGUUAACCUACCGAGGAUAAAAGACAUGAGGCCUCUGGAUUGGGUCUCAAUAAUUUUUUUUAAGUUCUUAUCUCUGUUGACUUUGAGUGUUUUCUAGUGUUAGCAUAAUAAGGUUCCCUAAUUCAUGUCAUUUAAAAAUCCUAUAAAAAAAAUCAGUUUGAUGAAAAGCUUAGGUUUUAUAGCCCAUAAAGGAAUAUCUCCAUGUCAAUAGCGACCCCCAAAUCCACUCCACCCCUGCUUUCGUGUGCAUCAGCAUUUUAGUUGUCUGUCAGAAGCUUUCAUAAAUAUGUACGUUUGAAUCAGCACACUUUUUACUAAACACUUUUUUAACUAACAGGCUCUUACCCUAGCUCAGGCAACAGGACUUCUUGGCAGAUUUAUGUCCGAUUCUAGGACGAAAAUCAGAGUACCAAUGUUUGGCAAUGUAAGAGAACGUACAGAUCAACUAUGAAACGUUAAACCUCCAGAACUGUUUGCAGAGAAGCUAAGGUAACUUUGCAUUAGCUUGUAGCCUCUCUGGCUUUUAUCCAUCAAGGAAACACUAACUUUAAAAGUAAACUGCUUUAUUCAGUGCUGAAGCAGCUUUACUCUCUGGGUCAGUUUGCUUUGGAGAGGAGGAGAGACCCCUGGGAACAUUUUGACCAUAAUGGCAAACUACGAGUUGCUAUGCUGUCUUUGGUUAAGUUUGAAUGAGAUCCCCCAGUGAAAAAGUCCUUGUUUUGCUUUUAGUGAUUUAAUAGUUGUUAUGUCUUUUUAAUAUAUGUAUUUUCAGGUUUUGAAUAUGUUUUUCUUUCGUUUAUCAUUGUUUGACAAGUGUAUGCUGACAUUUUAAUUAAUUAAUUAAAUCCUCAACCUUGAUCACAGCACUGCUGGAGAUGAUAGACUAGGAUUCUCAAAGAAUGAUUUGUAUCUGUGAAUUCAUGGUUUUUUUGGUCUUUUUUCAUUCAUUUAUGAGAAAUAAAGAGAUCUAGAUGAUGGCUUAUCUGGUUCCUUGUUAUUAACUUUUUUUUUUGCACACCAAUUCUUAAUGCAUACAUGUAUUUGAUGUGGUAUACACUCCAAUAAAUCAAUAAUAUUCA